UGGAUUUAUCGAUUGCGUAUAUAAAAGCGAACGGCCGAGACCGUUUUCCCAAUAGACGACGUGCGACUCUCGACGGUCUUUGUACACAUCGGUCGGGGAAGAGAGUGAGUUCGGAAAAAAAAAAAAAUACACGAUACAUCGAUACGGGCGUUUUCUCGCCAGACCGGAACGUUCUCGCUUCAAUUUCGACGACGGUUCGCGCAACUGAAGCGACGAUGGCCAAGCUGAGCCUGAAGGUGUACCUGAUGAUGCCGGAUCUGGAUACGUACAGGGAAGUGCGCAGAUUCGGCAUCGACGCCGACGUCGCGUCGAAUUUCCUAUACCUGCGCGAGAAGCUGCAGACCAUCUUCCCGGAUCUGCGGGGCAAGAUCUUCAACGUCACCUGGAAAGAUGAUGAAGAUGAGAAUAUCACUAUAUCCACCAAUGAGGAAUUGGAGAUCUCAUUGGACGAGAUGGGCAAGAAAAACAUCUACAAGAUGUACGUCUGGCUCCAGCCGGAGCAAGAUGGGAUAGACAUGUCAAAGAUAGAGAAGACAAUCCACCCCGGCGUGAUGUGCGAUGUGUGCGACAAGAAUAUACAUGGCUUUCGCUUCAAGUGCAUGCAAUGUCGAGAUUACGACUUGUGCACAGACUGCAUGACACUCGGCAAUCAUCUGGAGCACUACAUGAUCCGUAUGACGCAACCGGUCGAAUGGUCGAGCUACCACGGCCACCGGCUCGCUCACCACGUGCGCAAAUUCAUUCAGAAGGCGCAGCACCACAAGGAGGACGAGCGCAGGUGCCCCAAGGGGUCGCACAAGGGGCUGCACAAGCGUAGCGGCUGUCCGGCGUUCAACGCAGCUGAAUUCGGUAAAUCUGGCCGCCUUUUUGACCCGUCUGUUGUAGACGUACUGGAGAAUUUCAUAAUAGACAUUUGUGCCGGUCCGGCAGACGAGAGGCAGGAGAAGAAGCGGGCCAAGGAGCAGCACCGGGAACCGUCCGCCGAGUCCGCGACCGAGGCGACGGAGGACGCGCAGCAGGAAGCGACCAGGCACUCCUUCUCGCAGCUGCUGAAGAUCGUCGAGGACAACAUCUCCAACAUCUCGCAGUUCCUGGAUCCGCUCGGCAUCAACGUCACCGUGAUGGCCGAUAGCAACGACACCGCCAAGAGCAAGCCCGCGGAGAACGGCGCCCAGACGAGGACCGGCGCGCAGAAGCCCGCAGAGGCCCAUGCCUCUACGGAGGACUCCGCCAAGAAGUUCCCCGGUGAGGGUAAAAAACUGCGCGACGAUCCUGUAAGUACUGCAACUGUACCUUCGAUGGAUAACGCACAAAAAGAUUCAGCAGCAGCCGCGCCGGUGGCAGCUACAGCCGCAGCCUCAACAUCAGCAGCAGCAGCAACUUCCGCUGAACAAGCAGCCGAAGCCGAGGAAUGGACGAUGAUACAACGUGAAAGCUCGGUCAGCCCCACAUCCUCCUUGUCCUCCUUGAACGGAGCUAUACCCAAGCAGGUUGCCUCCCCAUCCGCGCCCCCAGCACCCGCAGCAGAGCCCGAAAAAACUCCGUCAAACCAGAGACUCUACCCACCCUUACCUGAAGAAGUGAGACCGGAGAAUCUAAACCCCAAGAUCCAGCGCGCCGUAGACGCGAUGAUGGCAAUGGGAUUCACCAACGAAGGCGCGUGGCUCACCCAUCUGUUAAUUGCGCAAAAUGGUGACAUCGACAAGGCGCUGGAUGUGAUACAUCCGGUACGCCGUCAUUAAGAGGGACGGAGCUAAAACUUUAGUUAACGAUAGUUUAAUGGUAUAUGGUAAUAAACGGCAAAAAUUAAACAGUUAACAUAGUCUGAACUUGAGUUAAAUGAUAGUUGGUAAUUACGAUAGUUUGUAAUUAUUCGUUAUUAUUCGUCAUACGACGUCUUUUUAUGUUACUGGAUUUAUUUGGUAUAUAUUAUAUUUUUCUUUUUUUUUUAUAAUUUGAACAGCACACAACGUUGAAUUUAUCCCUAAAGAAUUAUAUCUCAAUAUCUCAAUCUUUCUAUCUGUUGCUAAAUUUAUGUUGUGCACACGUACUAAGGUAUUUUUAAAAAAUGUAUUCCAAUGUUUGCUUCUAGUGUAAUAUAUGUUAUAUUUACGUUAUGCUACAUUCUUAGCAUUAUAAUAUUAAUGUCAAAGACACUAAAAUAUUAUUAUUGGUGACCGGAUUAUGUAUUGUUGUAUCUUAUUUUAAUAAAGUAACCAUGAGAUAUCUGAAGGAUAAA